UUUUUUGUUUUCCCGUAUCCGCCAUUUCAGUUUUUGAAGUUAGUUGUCAUCGGUCGCUGGGUUGUAGCUGAAAUUCUGUCGCCAAAAAAACACAGUGUAUGAUUAAGGCUGUCGGAAUCCGCUCGAGAGGCGAAUAAGAGUCCUUUUUACUCGCGGGUACGGUUCCGUGUUGUUAAAUUAAUGAGCAGACGGCCAGCUGCGGAUGUCGCCUGUUUACUAAACGUGUUCUAGGCGCUAAAGUUUUUGUAUGAGUUGAAGGCUUUGCUAGCGGAUAACGGGGAGGCAGAGAAGGGAAGGCCCGGUGAAGCCUCGGCUUUGGAGUGGUGAUCAUGGCCGGAAAUUUUGACGCAGAAGACCGUGGCAGCUGGUACUGGGGCCGGUUGAGCAGGCAAGAGGCUGUCUCUCUGUUGCAAGGGCAGAGACACGGGGUGUUUCUGGUCCGGGACUCCAUCACCAGCCCGGGCGACUACGUGCUUUCGGUUUCAGAGAACUCCAAAGUCUCCCAUUACAUAAUUAACAGCAUCAGCAACAACCGGCAGUCCGGUCCAGGUUUGGCCCCUCCGAGGUUCCGUAUUGGUGACCAGGAGUUUGAGGCUCUCCCAGCUUUGUUGGAGUUCUAUAAAAUCCACUACUUGGACACUACCACUUUGAUAGAACCCAUCAACAAGUCCAAACACAGCUCCUUUAUCAGCACCAACAGCAUCGUCCCUGGCGGAGGGCCCCCGCAGCGCCUGGAAGAUGAGUUUGUCCGAGCGCUUUUUGAUUUCCCCGGUAAUGACGAGGAGGACCUGCCGUUCAGAAAGGGCGAUAUUCUUCGUGUCCUCGAGAAGCCAGAGGAGCAGUGGUGGAAUGCCCAGAACUCUGACGGCAGAGCCGGGAUGAUCCCAGUGCCGUAUGUGGAGAAGUAUCGUCCGGCGUCUCCCAGUUCAGUGGCAGGACCUGGUGUUCCUGGGGGACCACCUGGAGGGAUGGGGAUGCUAGGGAACUCUGAUGGCACUGCAGCCCAGUCCGGCGCUCCCCUGCUAGGAGACCCCAGCCAGUAUGCCCAGCCUACCCCUCUCCCAAAUCUCCAGAACGGACCAGUCUAUGCCAGGGCCAUACAGAAGAGGGUGCCCAAUGCCUAUGACAAGACUGCCCUGGCCUUAGAGGUGGGUGACAUGGUUAAGGUGACCAAAAUAAACGUCAACGGCCAGUGGGAGGGCGAAUGCAAAGGCAAGCGCGGUCACUUCCCCUUCACACAUGUCAAACUGCUUGACCAGCACAACCCCAACCCCGAGGAUGAGCUCAGCUGAGAUCGGACAGCUGGGCGCAACCUGGACACUAGUAUUAGACCCUUCCUCACCCCUCCUGUCCUUGCCCUACCAGCCCCAAAAACCUGGUCCAGCCUUUUCAUUACUACAUUUUCAGAACUCCCGUGAGAACAAAAUUGGCCCCAGUUGAACCCUUGCAACGGACACACCCUCCAUUUCCACCUUUUACCUCCUCUUCCCUCCACUCUGAAUAAUUGGGACUCCCCUCCUUCGCUUCCUCCUCUAAACUGACAGACCUCCCGAAAAGUGUGUCCCGUACUCUGUAGUGGAACAUGGAGAACGAACUCGAGCAGAGCCGAAUCUCCUGUUCCGUGGAUCGCACCCUUGAGACCUUCCCUUGUCGAGUCCUUGCCGUGGACACAUCAGCGCCCCUCACUCCUUUGCCGCUGCAGACUUUGACCACUUCCUCUUCCUGUGUUGGGCCCAGUAGAUAACCAUUCUGUGCUGUGUCAUUUUUCAUCUGCGUCUUCAUCCAUCGUUGCUAUUACAGCGCUGUGUGGAUACCCAUGCUGCAUUCAAGUCAAAUGGGAGAAAACGUAGGAACAAGCAUGAAGAGCAACAACUCGGAAAUGCUGAUGUAUGUCCUUUGAACCCGUCAAGAUGCCACAAUCGAUGUGCUCUGCAGACUUUGGCUCUUGUCAUCAGCUCUUUUCACAUUUAACACAUAUGCACGGACACUCUGAUAGAUUUGAGCUCCUCUUUUACAGCCAACCAUACACUGCACUGUAAACCAGCACACUAAAUAUACAGCUAGUUUUUGGGUCUUGUCAUGGAAGUUCAGGAGUUGAGAUCAUGAAGUGGCUUAUGUGAUGAAAAUCAUUUUUACUACACGUAUUUCCUUGUUGGUGAUGUCUGCAUUCCAGAAAUCUGAAAAAUUUGUGAGAAUUCAGCGUUCAGAGUAGUAGUUCCUGCAUAUAAGCUUGUGUAGAAUGUAUUUUCUAGUAGUAUUUAUCACCUUAAGCUCAAGUGACUGGUAGUUUUGUUUUUUUUUUUAAGUGGAAAGCUUGUAUCUACCGUCAUUCCCAUAGGACCUGAAUGCAGCGUUAUAUCAGCACAACCCACACAUUCACUACAGACUGAAGGGCGAAGGCAGCGAGGCUGGAAAUGCAGCGGCGGUGUUUUAUCUUCAGGAAGACUCUGGAAGGAGCCUUGUGACGUCAGAGAGGAAAGACAACAGAGUCACCCGCAGGCGUGCAGCCAUUCUUGAGGAAACAGACCAAGGACCAGCCCUAAACAGAGAAAGCGAAACCCAGUGGAGACCAGCAGCUAGGAGUGGCGUCACGCCGUCACACCGUCACACCCAUAGACCAAGACCCAAGUACUGAACCUGAGACUUUGAGACUGUCAUUGAGACGGAGAUGCAGACACACUACGUUCAGCCUCGCCACCCCACUACAACCCCGACCAUCCACCCAGCGCCUAUGACCAAGUAACACCAAGUAGUCUUUUGUAAGGAAAAAAAAAAAGAACAUAUUGUUAUGAAAUGAUGUAUUAUGUGAUUAUCAUUACAUGCUAAAAUAUUGUUUCUGUUAUCUUUGUAAGUUUUCUUCCUAUGGGUUUGUCACUCAGCUAAUUUUGUCUGGGGAAACCGUUAUGAUGUACACUUAAUCUGCCGCACUGUGGGGUGGCGGGGGGGGUGAGGGGGAGGCUUCGUGGUGCAGGAUGAAUAAAGUGACUUAAAGCCACAUCUCUUCGCCUCCAGCUCUCGCCAGACCACGUGCGUUCUCGUUCUGGGUCUAAUGUACACGAAUGAAGUUGAACAGAGUGAAUGUAGGCUGUCCACCAUGUUAGUUAGUCCAGUCUUCUCAUGUUAGUGCUCUCCAUUGUUCACUGAAUAUACCUUAGCAAAAUGGACUGCUCUCCGUUGUCGAGAUCUCGUCAAAUGUGUGCAAGAAAACUGAAAAUGGUAUCGUUAGCUACCUGCCCUUUUUCUUUUCUGUUUUAUUUUUAAACCUUGAAUAUUCUUGUUGCCUCCUUGCACCAGUUUGUUCUUUCAUACCUUCGACUAUCAGCUUUCUUUUCCUUUGUGCCUCCAUGCUCAGCCUCACAUUGACCUCUUUAUUAUUUUGGUAUAUUUAAAGGCUUAUCCAUGUACAAUACACAUGCCAAUAUGGAUUCUUACUAGUUUAUCUCUCCCCUCUGCCCAUUCUGUAUUAAAUCCUCCCGCCAUGUAACGCUAGACAUAAUUGUACCCUCCAGUCGGAUAAUUAACGCCAAGAGGCCAGGCAAAUAGAGUAGCAGAUCAUUUUUGUAGUUCAGAUGGCUGUCUCUUUUUUUUCUGAUCAGAGGUUGUUCUGCUGAGUUUGAGUCAAUCCACUUGUUGACACCUGACAAUCAUCUCUUCUCUCCUGUCAUAGUGCAAACUGGUUUGGGUUUAGCAGAUUGCCCAGCCCUGCGUUAUGCUGUGCCAUGUUCGAAGUGCAGCUUAGACUUCUGCUAGGCCAAACCUGGCCCGCUUUGAAUUUGAUCUGUGAGGCCUUGCGUCGUGCUUUCUGAGAGGGGUUCCUCUCAAUUGUGUGAGGAUGUCACCAUUUCACCUUUAGAUGGCACUACAACAGCAUCAAGUGAAGCAAGGCUCCUCUGGAAAGAAUAAUAUGCCAGUCCUUCUGACAUUAAAGGAGAUGAAAUUAGAUUUGAACAGAUGCACUUAACCUGCUUACACCGACGUGUAUUCGUAACGAUUUGUUUUACUUUAGAGGGGUUUCUGUGAUCUGUAAUAUGUCCCACAUAUAUUCCGUGACCUUUUAGCUGUGCUUUUUACAUUGUGUGUUUGCCCUGCUUUCAAAUUUCUUUUUACAAUUCUUUGGCCAUAACCCAAACCCAUGAUGCAGGUUUACUGUUGAAAACAACUGGCAGACAUCUUGGAAAAAAAUCUUAUCCAGGAAAUCAAUCUUUGUGUUUCCGCGCCAGCUUUUGCCACAACCUGUUUUUACCUGUAUAGUUAUGAUCAAUAUCACGUUUCUUCUUAAUUCACUCUGCACAUGGCAGGUGCCUAGCUACAGAAUUAGUUAUCUUAUAAUUUGUGUUGCCAGUCAUACCACCAUGAGGUAUUUUUUAAGUAACCAUGCAUAAAAUCAUUCAUUUCUUUUUAUAAAAAGGAAGGGGUGGCAAAAUACCAAUGGAAAUUGUGUUAAUAUCAAAAUGUGCCAUUUUAUUAUAACACUAUAUUCUUUCAAGAUGAUUGAAAUUACCUUUUUAUUUUCUGUAGCAUGUAAUGUGUUAAAAUAUACAUGAUAGUAAAUAAAGACAAAAUCAUGACAAAUGAUUCCA